UUCCAGUUUCGGUAUUUCUUCCACUGUAAGGAUUAAGGUGGAUUCGGGUUGUCUCAGUCGAAUUCGAGCUGGGAAGUCCAUCAUUUCAUCUAAAUGUGUAAACCCGCCUUUGGUUUUCUUAUCAUUUGAAUGUGAAAUAUAACAGUUUUCAAAAGGUUGGAAGCUCGGAAUUGGCUGAAGACAUAGAGCAAAGAAGAAGGAAGAGAGGGUGUAGUUUUAAAGUAACAGAGAAAGCGAAAUUGUUGAUCUAGUUAAGCGAUUCCGUCGGAUUUCUCGUGAAUUCGAUAGUUUAUGGAGCUGAUUACAAGUUCAGGAAGCAGAUCUGGAAAUUGCAGAGACGAUAAGCAAUUCAGUGUAGAAAUUCAGGAACUAAUGACGGAGAACGUUCUUGAAGACGCAGCAGUAGUGCCUGUAACCGAAAACUCUUUCACUGCUCUCCUCGGUCUCCCAGCUAAUCAAGCGUUAGAGCUCCUUCACGAACCAGUGAAAUCUCAGGAGAUCCUCGCAGCAGAUAUCUGGAAAAAUACUCAAGAAGAUCAGAGAAACUUUGGCUACUCAUUCAACUGCUCUCCCAUAUUCCCUACAAAUGCUGCCUUAGUAGAACGAGCCGCAAGGUUCUCAGUCUUCGCUGCCGCAGAAGAUUCGCCGGAAUCGAGCUCAGUUCCGUCAAUUUCAAGAGAGAAUUCUCCCAAAUUGAAGGCCGAACCAGCUGAGUCCGAGUCCAACCGGAGCUCAUCUCCGAUUCCCUCCUCCGCUGCAAACGUUCCAAAGGAGAACCAGAAAUCGACUAAGCGCAAGGAACGGGAGAAGGUCAAAGGCUCUGCUAAGAAGAGCAAAAACGAUGGUGAGAAGCUUCCUUACGUUCACGUUCGAGCUCGUCGUGGGCAAGCUACUGACAGCCAUAGCCUAGCUGAAAGAGCGAGGAGAGAGAAGAUAAAUGCUCGGAUGAAGCUCCUUCAGGAACUGGUUCCCGGUUGUAGCAAGAUAUCAGGUACGGCUCUAGUGCUGGACGAGAUCAUCAACCACGUACAGUCACUGCAGCGUCAAGUGGAGGUUCUAUCAAUGAGACUCGCAGCGGUUAACCCGAGAAUCGACUUCGGCCUUGACAACUUACUGGCUGUAGAAAGUGGAUGCCUUAGUACUGGUGGCUUCCCCAGCACACUAACAGUUGAGCCAAUGAUGUGGUCUGAACUUCAAUUCAAUGGAGCAAGAUGUCAACAACAACAAAAUCAGCAUCAACAGUUGUGGGAAGUUGAUGUGCUGCAACCACCAGUUUGGGAGAGAGACAAUUACAACAAUUAUCAUCCAUCGGAGAACUCUGUUUUCAGUUACAACUCCUCAGCAGACUCAGUAUCAAUGCACUUGAACCAGUUGAAAAUGGAAUUAUUGAAGCUCAGAUAAAGCUUUCAUUGUAGCUUGGUAGUGUACAUACCAGAAAUAUCAUUAGCAAUUAGAAGAAUAGUGGGGAGGAGCUCUUCAUGUUCCUCAAGGAACAUGUCUUUGCGAUAUUGGCAGAGGCGAUUAGGAUCCUACUUCUCUUCAAAUCUAGGAGGAAAAAAUUUGAUUUGAUGUUCUAAUAUCAUUGUACUAACUCAAUUGGGUUAUUUAGUCUUCUGCUUCAGUUUCAAUCUGAGUUGAUUGAUUCAUCUUGUAAAACGAUGGAACAGGCUAUGACUUAUAUUAUAUU